ACGUUAUCAAAAAUCUAUUUUAAUAAGAAUGUGUUUAUUUGCAAAGUCAUUUAGGGACGCUAAAGCUGUAGAAAUAUCGUCAUUGAAGGAUUUCGGGUUUGCUAGCUAAUGCCUGUUAUUUUGGCUUGGUUACUUUGGGUUGGAAUCUAGAACCAAGAAACUGUGCCCAUGUGGCUAUUUAUCGGCCAGUUUGUAACACAUUUAACUGAUUUUGCACAGUUAGAUGUAUUCUGUGUUGCCCUUUCAGAUUAUGUGAACAAUUCUGGAAAAUUCUGAAAAUAAAUUUUUGUGACAAUAUCACUUGGACAUCAUCGUCGAUAAAAAACUCGAUGACUGGGGAUAAUGAAAUGAAUGAUCACGUGACCACCGGCCUCCUAAUUUUAGGGCCUCUGACGGAUUUUGAGUCGAAGACCCACCAGGAUCACAUAUUGAAAGAAAAAAUCCCCGUUACCCAGUUUUCUAGAUUACUCACAAAAUUUUCCUUCCUAUACAUUAAACCUUGCAUGGGUUUAAUGGUACUCGGCAUUUUUUCCAUUCUUUUUAGGCUUAGGCAAAAGUAGACCUGUUUUGAGCAGAAUGUGCAGAUAUAAAAAAUCAAAUUGAAAUGACUAGAGCUCAACAAAGAAAAGUUUGUUUAAACUAACCAAUUUAUGCUCAGAUUUGAAACUUUACUCAUAGUCAGGUGGUGGGGACUUCUCAAUCGAGAUUUGCCAUAGUAGUUUUUUUUGUUGCCAUGUUUUUCUUCAUGUUACGUUGACGAAACUUACUAAGCAGGUCCUGUGAUGCGAAUUUUUGUCGAACGUCUGUUAAACAAGUGAAAUCUGUCCCCAUCUACACUCUUUUUUUAUAAGAACCAGUAAAUUAAAGUUUAGGCUGACUGUUCUUAAUUUUUUGGAAAAUCUGAGGCUGGAUUGUUCCUAAUUUGUUCUUAAAUUUAGAGGGUGUACGCAGUGCUAUUGCUAGCUUUUUCGCUUUAAGGAGGUGUUCAGGCCUCAUUUGCCAAAAAAAGAAGAGAGACAGUCUUAAUUUGCUGACAAAUUUGAAUAUUCACCGAAAAAGCACCCACACAUUGCUAAAAAUCCUCGAUUUUGAGAAAAAGCGUUGUUCAAAAUUGCAUUUUGCAGAAGCUCAGCCUCAGCUUGUUCUUAAUUUGUUCUUAUCUUUUGACCAGUUUUGAGGCUCAUGUUCUUAUAAAUUUUUUUUUUUAAAAAAAGAGUGUACGCCCUUUUGUAGUUAACUUUAUAUUUCUAAUUCACCUUGAAUGCAACUGCGGUGCAAAGAACAUAGUAACGACAUCUUGUGCAAGGCCACACAAAGUAUCGUUGAUCAGACCUUGAAAUGAGAAGACCGAAAAACCAGUUUGUACUACCUGGUAGAUGUGGACAGCUAUGGACAAUCUACGCAAGCUUAAAAAUCGAUUUAUAUCUCCUCAAAUUGACCAGGAUCUGUCACCGCCUUGUAGGGUCGCCCAUUUAUGUUUAUAAAUAAAAAACCGCUUAAGUGAGGAAUCAGAGAGUAAAAACAAUACAAACCAAUGAAGAACAACAUGAUACAACGAGAAAUAAUUGCUUAUAUGAAAAUUAAGUUCGUUAACAAAGUGACUUUGCUAUAAAACAUUUAGGUUUAGCCAUUAUAUCCCCUGGUAUAUCUUUGAUAGCAUAUCUUUGAUUCUUCAGACAUUGAUUUCUGUACAGAGGGGGGUGCGAAAGCGGGGAAAACGUAUAGAAAUUGGGGUUGUUUGUGCACAGGAGAUUACUUUGUCUCAUAUUAUGAUCGGUUUUAGUUUUAAGCCAAGCAAAGGCUUUAACGAUAUUCGCAUUUUCCCCACAUUUUCACACGUUUGUUGAUGCCUGGGAAAAUGGAGAAUAUUUUGAAGAGCCAAUAUUAGUCGACAGAAAUACAAUUGAUAUCGAAUUCCACGUUUAUACUGUCACAUUUUAUUUAUAUUCCAUUAUCGUCACUAGGCAGUCAUUCAUGUUUUUAGCAGAUUUCCAGCGCCAGCCUCUGUCACGGAUUCAGCGUUUCUUUCCUUGAUUGUCGAAGUGCUUCGAGACAACAGUCAAGCAAUUGGAUGUUGCGGAUUUGAAAAGUAUCACUGGUUUUGUGCUUUCUAGGUCUUUCCGUAUCAUUGAAUUGGCUGAUGUUAACAAAGUGGCGUGGGCUCUAGGCCUGCGAGGCGUCAAAUAUUCAUUUUCUUGAUAUGUUUAGCGUCAACUUCCGGAUUCAUUUUUACUUAAUGUUUUAUUUCCAAGUGUCUUUACACUAAGGUUGUACUGUCGCUGAUUCAGCUAAGACAAGAAGGAAAUUGCAGUGACGUAAAAGAGAGGUAGUCUGAGAGUCUUGUGCUUUCUAUCAGGCAACUGAAAAUCGCUAUACAAAAUGAGCAGAUUAAUGAAGAUUUGGCACAUCUUUGCAGCGACAGUGAUUUGUAUUGAGUUUAGCCUUUGUGUCAUUUAUCCAUAUAAAAAAUGCCAAGACACCAGCUGGCCAAGAACAAUCCCAAAAAUAGACAUAUACGUUAAAAAUGGAAAAUGUACGCAGCGUCGUAAUUGUGAAGCAUUAGUAGGUUGCACGACAUUUGAAGGCAACGUUAUUGUCCGGGAAUCUUUCAAUCCGAAGGCAAAUACAACAAUACCGGCAUCCUUUCCGGCUCUUCGGGAAAUCACCGGUUAUCUGGUCAUCUUUCAUGUGAAAACCGAUCUCGGAUCACUUGAAAAUCUCUUUCCGAACCUAGCUGUUAUUAGGGGAACGUACCAGAUUGUCCAUUACUCGCUUGUUAUUUAUGGGACAUUUUUUGAAAAUGUUGGUCUACCGUCGCUUACUGUUAUCAAAUCUGGCGGUGUGAGAUUGGACCACAACAAACAAAUGUGCUACAUCCAGACAGUUAAGUGGAGAUCGAUCGUCCUUGACAAAGCUUACACAGAAGAGAACUUUGGGAUAUCAUUCUACCGAAACAAUGAAAAUUGCUAUGAUCAAUGCUUAGAAAAUCAUUGCAUUGCUCCUUCUGGUCAUGACAGUACGAGGCAGCAAUAUUGUUUUGGCCCCGGAAAUAAAACGAAUGCCCAAUGCCAGAAAUUGUGUCAGGCAUCGUGUGGACCACAAGGCUGUGUUGAUGGCACAACUAACCAGUGUUGUCACAAAGAUUGUCUCGGGGGCUGCACCGUCAAAGCUUCAAAUCGACAUUGUCAUGCAUGCAUGAAUUACAGAGCCGGGGGAAUGAAUGGAACCUGUGUCUCAAAAUGUCCUGAAGGAAACUACGUGGUUAAUGAUUUUGAGUGUCAGAAAGGAUGCCCAAGUUGGGGCCGAUUUUGGCCUUUUAUUCCUGAAGAAAAGCGAUACUAUGCGUUUGAUGGCAAAUGCGUUAAGCAAUGUCCUUCCGGCUACACGAAAAACGUUGCAACCAAACUUUGUGACAAGUGCAAAACAAGCCUUUGUCCAAAAGUUUGUAGAAAUAAUGGCGAAUAUAAAAUCGAUGGAAUAUCGACGAUGAAAGGAUUAAAAGACUGCACUGUAUUUAACUCCAGCAUCGUUUUAGAGAUCCGAGCCGGACCAAGUAACAUCAUGGAAGAGCUUGAGAAAAAUCUUGGCUCUCUUCAGCAUGUUCAAGGCUAUAUCAAAGUUUCUGAGUCAGAAGUGCUCACCUCUCUAAAUUUUUUCAAGAACUUGGAAAAGAUCGGAACAAAUCACAAAAACCCUUAUUCACUGAUGGUAUUAAGCAACCCGAAUUUAAAGUCUUUGUGGAAACCAAAGAAGUUGACAGUGAGGUACGGGAAUAUACUGCUGCACGGAAACAUGAAACUCUGCCCGGCUGAAAUAAAAUCAUUCAACAAAACUCUGAACACCACUGCCAGGAACAUUGGUGCCCUGACCCAGGCUCAGAAUGGCUUCUUAUGCCCAGGUGAUUUGGAUCGAUUCAACAUAACUGUUUUUGAGGUUACGUGUAAGAAUCCAGCAAGGGAUGGCAAGUGUGUUAAUGUCUCGUGGCUACAUAAAAGUUCCUUCGAUUCAAGAAGUGUCUUUUACAUUGUGAACUACAAGAUAAAAAAGUGGACAGUUGGUGAAAAGGUGAUUCAAGAAAAUAACUGCAGUACAAGGUGGUGUCAAGUCGAUGUAAGCAUCCCAGAUCUGCGCACGAAUUCAAGCCGCUUGGGUGACGUUGAAAUGGUGGAACAAAUCACCCAUCUUAUUCCAUUCACUACAUAUACAUUCUUCGUCGAAACCUAUCUAAUAAAAAGUGGAGAUGGUCGAAAAAGCUAUCAGCUAGAUUAUCACCUACCUGAAGGAAUUCCUGGAAUUCCAGUUGGUUUAAAGACAGCGUAUCUUUCUGCUUCCGCAAUUGAAGUAAGUUGGAAUCCGCCAGAAAGUCCAAACGGAGUGAUCACUGAAUACAGAAUAUACUAUGAGAAGAAGAAGUACUCCUUUUGGAACUCUGGUCUAGACUGGUGCUCUAGGCAUUUAUCAUCUAGUGAAGAAGAGAUAAAUGGGAACAAAAACGCGACUACCGGUUCUUGCCCUCGAAAUGUCACGCUAGAAUGCGAGGUCAAAGAAAAGGAGUCACGAAGAGUUUUGGAGGACAGAAAUUUUGUAUUGUUUAACAGUAAGUUUGAGGAUGAACUGAUUACGAAUGUCUUCCAGAAAGUUGAGAAAGAAAACACGGGAGAUAAGCUGACAACAAAACGUCCUUCUACCUGCACCAGUAAUAGCAACGAGACAAAUUGCAAUCAAACAACUGCGAGUGUCGCUACACAGACCCCAACCAAAAUGGCUGCCCGAACGACAGCAAAACCAACAACAACAACUCCGUCGCACAAGCCGUCGGUGGCUCCUACAAGACCUAUAGCUUACAAACAAGUGGAUGGCCAGACAUUGAAAUAUGUCAUAAAGGAUCUGUCAUACUUUCAAGAAUACAUAAUUAAAGUUUGUCCUUGCAACAGAGCUGGCUGUCUUGACGUCGGACACUGCCCGGAUGUGUUUGGCCAAACCGACGCAAUUCCGUCAGCUGAUAUGAUACCGGGUGGCGUAGGCGUCAACGUAAAAGGAGACAUUUAUGCAGUUAAUUGGACUGCUCCCACGCAGCCAAAUGGAGUUAUCCUGCUCUACGAUAUACGAACAAGGCAUAAUCAAAACCAAGAGAAGAGACGCUGUUUGCUUGGCAGCAUGCCAACUGAAUUUGUAGAAAGGGGUGCAGCCCCUGGUAACUAUUCCUUACGUAUCAAAGUAAUAACCCCAGCAGGCAAUGCAACAUGGACUACCCCCGUCCAGUUUACAAUCAAAGAAAAGUCAGCGCAAACUGAAGAUUACAACGCUGUGGUAGUUGGAGUCGGCACCACGGCUGCAGUUGUUAUCAUACUACUGGCAUCGUUCUUAUACUACGUUCGCGCUAAGAAGUCCGGAGCCAUGCCUGUACCGGGUGUUCUUUACGCCUCUUCAAAUCCAGAUUAUUUGGAUUCUUCUGAUGUUUAUGUACCUGAUGAAUGGGAAGUUCCACGAGAAAAGGUCCAGUUGGUUCGAGAACUAGGUAAAGGUUCUUUUGGCAAGGUAUUUGAAGGCAUUGCACAUAGAAUCAUAGAGGGGGAACCAAAACUUCGUGUUGCUGUCAAAACGGUAAAUGAGGGGGCUUCAAUAAAAGACCGCAUCGAAUUCCUUCAAGAAGCGUCCAUAAUGAAGGCGUUCAACUGCCACCAUAUAGUCAAAUUACUUGGUGUAGUGUCACAAGGAGAGCCUACAUUAGUUGUCAUGGAGCUCAUGGAGCGCGGCGACUUGAAAGGAUUUCUUAGGGGCAGAAGGCCGGAUACUGAAAGUGAACUUCUCCCACCUUCCCUGGCCGAAUUGCUGCAAAUGGCCGCAGAGAUUGCAGACGGAAUGUCUUAUUUAGCAGCACGGAAAUUCGUUCAUCGAGACUUGGCUGCUCGCAAUUGCAUGGUAGCUGCAGAUUUCACUGUGAAAAUUGGCGACUUCGGAAUGACGCGUGAUGUUUAUGAUACUGAUUAUUACCGCAAAGGAGGUAAAGGCCUACUUCCAGUGAGGUGGAUGGCCCCCGAAAGCCUCUACGAUGGCGUCUUCACGAGUGCCUCCGACGUCUGGUCAUAUGGCAUCGUUCUUUGGGAAAUGGCAACACUUGCUGCGCAGCCAUAUCCUGGAAAAUCAAAUGAAGACGUUCUAUCCUUUGUCAUUGAAGGAGGGAUUUUAGAGCAACCAGAAGCCUGUUCUGAUCGAUUGUACAACAUGAUGUGCAAUUGCUGGAAGCCAGAACCUAGAGCUAGACCUUCCUUCUUGGAAAUUGUCCAUUUCCUGGAAUUCGAUGUUUCUGAAUCCUUCGAAGAGGUGUCUUAUUAUCACGAGAUGAAGCGUAGGCUACUUGAAGCAACUGAUUCUGAUAUGACGCCUGUUCAAGAGCCUCUUAACCAAGGAAGACGAGGCCUAACUGAGGUUGCUGGGACAUCUUCAUGUAAUAUGAAAAAUGACGAAAACUGGAUGACUGAAGCUGAUCGUGGCAUGGGCUGUCAGGGAGAAACUUGCCAAGGAAUAGAGAACGAUAUGUAUUCAAGUAGUGAAAAGGACGUAAGAUAUGUGGAAUUUCCAAUGUAACAGAGAUACCAAUAUUCAAAGUUUGAUUCGAAAGAACACGUUUGUAGGGACUUUAUUGCAAUAUGAAUGAUUUGGAUAAUGUAUAUAUCAGAACCCCAUAGACUGUUGCUCUACAAGCUCCACAGCCAUAGGCAACGACUAAAGUAGUUUGAGCCUUAACACAAUCAUAAGAAAUGUCGCUACCAAUAAAGAAAGUUGAAGGUGAUAUCGAUAGCACAACCUGUUAUUGCUGUGGAAGCUGAACGAUCAGGGACAGAGGGAAAGACUUCACUCUCUAUUCUUGACCCUCUCAAUGUCAUUAAGAAUUCACUCACAAUGUGAAUUCGAACCUUCUCAGGCAGGUCGUUUUCAAAAUUAUGCAUCUUAGUUAAAAAAUGUAGGGGUAUUACAUGCCUAUACACCAAAUAGGAUACACACCUGCUCUUUAAUUCCUUCCAAUUACAAAUAUGGCCUCGUUGAAGUUCUAAUAUACGCAAAUCUGUGACGACAGUAUCAGAAAACAUGUAUAUAAAUAUGAUAUGUCUACUCUGCAUGUCUAAUGAAUUUUUAAUUAUUAAUGCAAUAACAGUUUCAAUGAAUAUAUUGCAUCUUUGUUAAAUCCCAUGUAAAUUAUGGUAAUUUCAAAGCAAUCUGGCUUCUUGAUUUUUGACUCUUGUAAACAUAGGUUUGAAAGUCAGUAACUGAUUUGAUUCAAAAAGGUAUUAUAAUUUUGAGACUUGAUGUGUCGUUGCUGAUGCUUGUGAACUUGUUUAUUGAAUAUUCCCUGCAGAAAAGUCAAUUCCAUAUGUUUUAUUUAAAUACCUUUAGCCAAAUCUGCAAAUUAGAAAAAUUCCCAUAAAAAGUUUUCUUCUGUUCCUAAAUUAAAUUUAGGAAUAUUCUGUUCCUAAAUAUUUUUAACUUAAUUAUUGGAGGCUUCAAAAGUGCUAACAUACUUUUGUCACCUUGUAAGGUAGGACACUUUAGGAUAACAUACAUUUUGAGAAAAAGUUUUUGCUGGGUACUUUGAACGUAACUUUGCCUCAUUUUUCAAUUGGAAUCCAACCCUGGGUGCAAGAGCCUCAGAGAGUCAAAGGAUGACGAACAGGGGAAAGGAAUUGCGAAGGAAAAUAUAAGGAAUUCCUUUUCCCCGUUUUUCAUUAUUUGACUCUUUGAGGCUCUGGUACCCAGGCUAAUGGAAUACAUAUCAAGAACCGCGGAGCGUUUUACAGAUUCGG